CUCUGCUUGUGGGGACGGACACCCCAGAGCUCUGUCGGAGAAGAGGAGGCAGGCGGGGCGUGGGGCAAGGCAGUGCCGGGAGCUGUGGGGGAGCUGGACUGUUUCUCCUCCUGUCCUGUGCGAAUCCGUGCCCCUAAUCGCCUCCCACCUGCGGGCGCUGCCCGGUCGGGGUUUGUUCAGAUCCGGGCGAUAGCGGGGGCUGCGUUCCUUGGCUGCCACGGCACGUGAAAGCGCUCCCCCGGCCUCGUGUGCCCAACGUGGGCAAAGCCACGUGGUCUCUCGCAACCCGGCACGGGCGGCUGAGUCACUGCCCCGGCUGCGUAUUCGCAGGCUGAGGACAUAUCUGGGUAAAGGGCAUCUUGUAUCUAGCGAGAGCCCUGGGCCCGGGCCAGCUCUCAUCUCCUGGGAGGAGGAGACAUCGCUCCAAGCUGUGUCAGGGGAAGGGCUUGCCGCCUGCUUCCACUUGCUGCGGGAGACUGGUGGAGAGAGAAGCUGCUCUGAAGCACUGAGCCAUGGAGAGGAUGCAGCAGGUCGUUGGGCGGGCGAGAGCCGCCUUCAACUCGGGCCGGUGCUGCUCACUGGAGUUCAGGCUGCAGCAGCUGAAGGCGCUGGAGCGGAUGGUGCAGGAGAAGGAGAAGGAGAUCCUGGCAGCCAUCAAGGCGGAUCUGCACAAGUGUGGGCCCAACGCGUACAACCACGAGAUCCUGGGCGUGCUGGGGGAGCUGGCCCUGGCUAUGGACAAGCUGCCAUCCUGGGCAGCCCCUCAGCCUGUGAAGAAGAACCUGCUGACAAUGCGGGAUGAGGUCUACAUCUGCCCUGAGCCACUGGGGGUGGUGCUGGUCAUCGGGGCCUGGAACUACCCCUUUGUCCUGGUCAUGCAGCCUUUGAUCGGGGCCAUCGCAGCAGGCAAUGCCGUGGUGGUGAAGCCAUCGGAGAUCAGCGAGAACACGGCUCAGCUGGUGGCAGAUCUCCUCCCCCAGUACCUUGACCAGGAGCUGUACCCUGUGGUCACUGGGGGUGCAGCUGAGACAACAGCCCUGCUGACCCAGAGGUUCGAUCACAUCCUUUACACCGGCAACUCCACAGUGGGCAAAAUCGUGAUGGCAGCGGCCGCCAAGCACCUGACGCCCGUCACCCUGGAGCUGGGCGGGAAGAGCCCCUGCUACAUCGACAAGGACUGUGACCUGGCCGUCGCCUGCAGGCGGAUAACGUGGGGGAAGUACAUGAACUGUGGGCAAACCUGCAUCGCCCCGGACUACAUCCUCUGCGACCCAUCCAUCCAGAGCAAAGUGGUGGAGAACAUCAAGGCAACUCUGCAGGAAUUCUAUGGAGAAGACGUGAAGUCGUCUCCGGAUUACGAAAGGAUCAUAAACAAGCGUCACUUCAGGAGGAUCGUGGGCCUGCUGGAAGGGCAGAAGAUUGCUCACGGGGGAGAGACUGAUGAGGCCUCCUGCUUCAUAGCACCAACUAUCCUCACCGACGUUUCUCCGGAGUCAAAGGUGAUGCAGGAGGAGAUCUUUGGACCGGUCCUCCCCAUUCUGACCGUGAAGAGCGUGGACGAAGCCAUUGAGUUCAUCAAUCGUCGGGAGAAGCCCCUUGCCCUGUACGUCUUCUCGAACGACAAGAAGCUGAUCAGACGGGUGAUAUCGGAGACCUCCAGCGGCGGCGUGACAGCCAAUGACGUCUUCAUGCACGCUUUGGUUCCAGAUCUGCCCUUCGGCGGUGUGGGUAACAGCGGGAUGGGCGCCUACCACGGCAAGUACAGCUUUGAGACCUUCUCCCACCGCCGCGCCUGCUUGAUCAAGGACCUGAAGAUGGAGGUUGUGCACAAACUCCGGUACCCGCCUGGCAGCCAGAAGAAGGUGGAUUGGGCCAAGUUCUUCCUCUUGAAGCAGUUUAACAAGGGCCGAGUGGGUCUGGCCAUCUUGGCCCUGCUGGGGAUUGUGGCAGCGGUGGUGGCAACAGUGAGCUUUGGCUCUCUGCUGUCUGCAUGAGCGCGUGUUCCCGACCCCGGAGCCCCGGCCUGCUCUCAGCCUCCGUUGCCCCAUUGCCUCAGGCUCUGCCCCCUCCCUGUUGGCCUCAGCCUUGUUUCUCUGCCUCUCCAGAUGGUGUCCUCUGGACGAGGCAGGUGGUCAGCAGUUGGCAACGCUCCAGACCAGUAACCAGCCGCUCACUCCCUGCAGUCUUCAUGCUGAACUCUUUUUUUGCUGCCAUUUCUUUUCUUUCAAGUCAGCCAAUGCCCUCAAGAGGUAGAAGCAAAUGAAAGCCACCUAAAGCAGAGAAGCCCUGAGUUGGAGGCUCCAGCUCCUGCUCAAACACAGGAAUCGGUUCAGACCUCAGCAACGAGUGGUGCCAGAUGGAAGGAGGCAGCAUCUGCCCUGCUUUGCAAUCAGGAGCCCAUCUAAAAGCUCUCGGGAAGGGAGGAAUCGUUUGUCGCAAGGGUAUCAAAACAAAGCGAGUUGUCACUGAGCCUGUUAUCUACAGAACACAUCGCGUGAUCCCCAUAGAAAGCUGUCUCAUACCAGCAAUAAGCCUAACAAAAUGUGGGUUUUACUGAUGGGUACAGUCCAGGCUGGUUGUCCCCAGCAGCCUGCCCAGAGCAGAGGGAAAGGCCUUCCAAGAACCUGCACCAUCCAUCCUCGAACGGGCUCAUGACCAAACGGGUGAUAUCUCAUUGCAGGGGAAACCAUCUUUAGCCCUCCAAGGUGUGCAAAGGCUACCUGAGGUGACAGCGGAGGCUUUCUGAGCUGUGCCCACACUGUCCGAGGACUCGAGGAGCACCGGGGACCAUCACACCGCUGGUGCACUGCGUCUGGGGCUGUGCGCUGACAGCAGCGUCGCUGCCACCGGCGUCCCAGGGCUGGGGAAGGCCUUGGCCUCAGCUUGAGCAGCCAGCCAUCUCCUGCCUAAUUGA